AAUGUCUCCCUCUUGCAGCCGCCAUCACCACCUUAUGCCCCCUUCCCUUCCACUUCCGACGCCACCACCAUGUUGUUUCCGAUCAGCCGCUGUCGUGGUCAUAAACCACCGUAUGAGCACCGGAGUAUUCAUUAUGUUGUCGGAACCUCGCUGCAGUCGUUCGCUGCUGCUACAACUCGCAUCGCCGUUCUCUCCCUCUCCGCCCUUCGCUUGCUGCAUUUCAGCCACCACUACUGGAAAAUUGCCUCGCCUCGCCUCGCCUCGCCUGGCACCUCCAAUAAUUCAACCACCCUGAAAAUCCCACCACCGGACCUGUGGUUCAAAUUUAAAGGAAAAACAAGAGCAAAAAUACAAAUACAAAGGAACUACAAUUGUUCACACGAAGGACAAGGAAGCGUUUUGGCUUUGAUGGAGAUGCAAAAUCAAAUGAUGUAUCGUGAAACUUGGAUGUAUGGACUACCACGGGCUAGCAGUGAAUAUUUACAUAACUUCAAGAAAUUUCUUAAAGUUGUUGAGGAUCAUCGGGUGCAUAGAGGAGAAUCUUACAUUUGGUGUCCUUGUAAAAUGUGCUGAAAUUGUAAAAAGGUCUAUAAUUUGGAUAUAAUAGAAGAACAUGUGAUAUGUGAAGGAUUUAUGAAUGGAUAUACGUGUUGGUCACAA